AGAAUUUGGUCAUUGUAUUCGGUGAAAAAUAUCCAGAAUUAUGGCCGGCAAAUACGACGUUGUGGUUACAGAUCACGAAAUAAUAGUGCGUCCAAUGAUAAUUCGAAACAUUUUUAUCCAAUGUUAUUCUCCGGUGUUUGUAUCGGUUGGCUUUCAAUUCACACAAUGUUCAGUGAAAAAAUAUCCAGAUGGAUUUCUGAUGAUAAAAACAAGCUACCGAUCGAACUAGAAGAAUUUAUCUCUGAUACAAUUCAAACAAGUCAACUAAAUGAAGCAUUGAAACAGAUAAUACCGGCAUCAUUUUAUUUAUCCAAGCAAAUUGAGCCAAUUACAUUGGGCACAUUUCAAACUCAUUCUGGUGCAUGCAUUUUGCUGCCAUUCUAUUUCCAAUACAAUACUGUUGACCAAAUAGAUGAUAGUUAUGUAUGCAAAGUACUCGGUCUUAAUUAUUCACAAUUGUGUGACCAUCACUCAGAUGAUGGAAAACCAAUGAUAGAGCAUUUGAAACAAUGUUUAAUCCUAUCGACAGAAGCUAAGCGUUUCGCUUUGACUUCUUUAUUACACAAUAAUGCAAUGCCAGCCGGAUUUUAUGCCGAUUGUUUUUCAUUAUUCAUUUUUCCAUUUUUGGCCAAUGAAUCGGCAAAUUUAUUACAAAAACGACUACGACAAAAAAAUCCUGUCAUUAAUCUAAUGGCAUCGAUGUUUGGUUAUUUUGCUUACUAUUUGAUUAAUCCGUGGUUCAAACAAACACAAACGCGUUAUGGUUACUGGUGUGUUUACAAAUACGAAUCAUCCGAUAUGCAAAAAGGUUGUCAAGAAUAUUUUGAUAAAUUGAUACGAUUACAAUCGAUACUAGCCACUUAUCAACAACAAUCAAAUUGGACGGAUCGUUUGAUUUGUAUGCUGAAACCAAGUACAUCCUACUCAAUGGUUGAUCAACAAAAUGAUUGUGGGCGAUUAGAAAAACUGGGUGAAAAUUUAGGCUGGUCAGAUUUGUUUUAAUUUGUAAAUAUUAUUAUUACUUAAAAAAAACAAUACAAAUUACUAAAACAACAUAAUAUUUA